CGAUAGUCAAUUUCCUAAUUGGUCCUUUUUAAAUAUCAACCAAUCAGAUUCUCCGUUUUACUUGUGUUUGGGUUGAGCUCGAAUGACGUUAUCGCGCAUGAUAUAAUUUUCUUUAGUCAGCUACAAACAUCACCGAUUGAGUUAUAAUUUUGUAGAUUUUUCAAAACUCAUCUCAUUUUCUUCGCGAAAUAAUGGGGAUAGAAUGCUUACUUGCUGCAGCGCAGCUAAUAGAAGAACAAGAAGCAAACAAAAGAGUACGAACUCCCGAUAAGAAAAGCAAGAAAAUAAACAAACGUUCACCGAGUUACAGCCGAUCCACACACAACCAGCUGGAGAAAAAUAGGCGUGCACAUCUUCGCGAUUGUCUCGAGACAUUGAAAGAAAUCGUUCCAACGCCUCCUGACCAUCAAAAAUCGACAACACUAUCACUUCUUCAAAAUGCUAGAAAUUACAUAAAGGUACUGGAAAAUAACGAUAAGAAAGCUAUGGCUGCGAAACAGAAACUUCAUCAGGAACAUUUAAGACUUGUGAAACAAUUAACAUGUCUACGAGGUGAGCUGGUACAAAGGAUUCGGAGCAAUUCUGAAGGUGAUUCAACCUGUGAUGAUGAUAUUGAUAUAGAAGACACUGAAUACAACAGUGAAUCUGACCGAUCUAGUAUGGAUGGCAGUGGAGGUAGUGACGGUUGUCUUUAACAGCUAUUUAUUAAUAACUAUACAGGUUAAUAAUAUAUAUAUUGUACUUAUUUCAGGGUGUAUUGAUAUUUUAUAAAUACUUAUGUAUGGGAUGUGAGACUUGAGAUUUAUAGUGUAGAAAUCAGACAGUCAAAAUGAGUAUGUUGUUGAACAUCUUAAUUAAUAUCUAAAUUAUUCUAUGAUAUUGCAUACCUAGUGUGAUUUUAAACAAUUACCCUUCAAUUGUGAUCGAAUUGUAAAAUUUUUCAAUUUAAAAUUGAUAAGUGACGCAAGUGUUAAUGAAUUGAAAAACGUAAGUGAUUAAGGUAUCUUAGAUGUCAUUAUUGUUGUGCAAUAUUACAUCUUAUCUUAGGAGAUCAAAACUUGUACAUAUUAUAAAUAAAUUCUGUCUUCAUCAACAUAAUCAGGUUCAUGUAUUCCCAUAAAAUAUAUAUCUUGUAAAUAAAUUGUGAAUAAUAGCACUCGUAGUAUUCUUGUAAACUUUUUUGGGAAAUGCAAAGAAAUUGUUUUUAAAAUUGUUUUCAUAAAAUAGGCUUACACCUUCCAUCACAAUUCUUGGAGUCAAGUGUAUUAUUUGUAUUUACACUUAAAAAUACUUUCCGAAAAAAGCAGGUUUUGUUUAUUAAGACAAUAAAAAUAAUAGCUGCGGCAGUAUGACUAUAAGGAUUUAUAUUCAGACUUAUGUCAGAAAGGACUAUAAUUCAGAACUACGUUUUGGUAGUGUAUAUUUUAUUGAACUCAAUUUCUGAUGCAUUUCUCUCAUUAAGUAAUUUGCAAAACAUAUUUAUUACUACGUCAAAAUUUUACUGUAAUUUAAACUCUUAGCUACAAAUAUUAAUUAUUACUACAAUUUAAUUUCAAAGCAAAUUUAGAAAUUUUGCAAUGCGAUGUCUUUGUUGAUCUUUCACUUAUUAUAGUUUAGCUUUGAUAAAAUCAAUGUUUUUACGCACAAACACAUGUAACUGUUUUUUCAAUUUUUUGUAUGCAUAGAGCAAAGUGUUCAAUAAUAGUAACUGAUGGUGGGAAAAAUAAAGUAUUUCAAAAUCAA